AUGUCGCACAAAAGUAAGAAGAAAAGACCGUCAAGCCUGUUCGACUUAGAUAACAUAAAAGCGAGCAUACAAGCGAAAGCGUCCCGGACCGAUCGCGUUUGUGAAUUGUUGAGAGGCCUUCGCGAAGUUGAUGUAAAUGAUUUAAUUUCGAAUGAGUAUGACCUUGACGAACAUGAUAUUAUUACUAUUCUGACGAGCAAAAUUUCCGUUCAAACGUUGAAUUAUCUGCGCAAGGCACUGCAGCAUGUUCCUACAAACAUCACUCGUGUCAUUGAUAAAACACCAAUGCGGUCAGCCAUCAUAUUCAAAGUUUUUACUAGCCUCCAAUCGACAGCAAUGGGCACGUUCAUACAUCCGACUGUGGAAGAACUUGAAACGUACGGCAAGAUACUUGAAACUCGCUGUCCAUUGUUUAUGUCCGUUGAUACAGAUCUUUCAAACCAAGACAGCUUGUUGGACAAGUAUCUCACUCCACCGGUUUCUGUUUGUAUACGAUGCGACAAGCGCUUGUCCAUGCGCAACAAUCCGUCCAGAGCCGUGCUAUUUACGUUAAAUGGUCCUGUUCCAUGCUCGAAGUUUACCCUGGAAUGCAGGAAUUGCUCAAUACAUUUUGGAGUAUGCAACUACACCGACAGGUCUGGCACUUGCUUUUAUCCUCUCAAUUUCGAUUUGGAUUUGAUAGAGGUCAGCAAUGUUACAUAUUUCCAUCGCGAUUUAUAUCAGUGGAUGCCAUCUCUCAGGUAAGAUUCGCGUUCUGUGAAAUAAUAUUUGGGAAUCUAAUAUAUUUAUUAAAUAUUUUACAUUAGAUCUGGACAUUUAUCAAAAAACUUACCAAUUGAUAUAGUGAAGUCACAGAUAUUAAUAAAUUUUACUAGUAAAACCUUUUGAAUAUUUUGAAGUACUUAGUAUAAACGAAUAACUUUUAAGUUAAAUUAUUUUGCUUUAUUUUAUAUAGUAACCAUUGUUGGGUGUAAUAUUUGGGAAUCUAAUAUAUUUAUUAAAUAAUUUACAUUAGAGCUGGACAUUUAUCAAAAAACUUACCAAUUGAUAUAGUGAAGUCACAGAUAUUAAUAAAUUUUAAAACCUUUUGAAUAUUUUGAAGUACUUAUAAACGAAUAACUUUUAAGUUAAAUUAUUUUGCUUUAUUUUAUAUAGUAACCAUUGUUGGGUGUCAUUCAGUGGAUUUGCUGAAGCUUAUAAUGAAAUAAAUGAGAAACAAAUUCAAACAUAUGCCAACUCAUUGAAAGGUUUGUUUGCUACUUUGCUAUUAAUACAGUAAUAGUGAUGCAGAGUUUGUGAGCUCCUGUUUUGAAGUUUGAAAGCUUUUUUCUUUUCAAAAAAUCUGAAACAUAAAAUUAUAAUUGAAAGGCAACUUGUGGCCAAUAUAUUCGUGUUUUAUUUUGCAAAAGAAUAGACAGAGAAUGUCAUGAAUUAUGGAUAAAUGCAUUUUAAUUUAUGCAAACAAAAUUUACUAGUAAUACAUAAAUUGAAGUAUUUGUGUCAAUUUUUGUAUCGACUAAAAUUCUUGGUUUCGGAAUGACGGACUGGUAUUGUACCAAACAAAAAAAGCUGGUACCGCCCAUCUCUACACUGAACUAUACAAACAGUUUUAAACUCCUAUUAUAGAUUCACCUAUAUUGGAAGGAGAUGCUGAUGAUAGCGAUAAAGGUAGGGAUUUACUGCUCUGGCAUUUAAAGGGGCAUUGUCUGUCAUGGGAGUGUCAUCGAUUUUGACCAUAGACAGAUUUUCUGGGGGGGGGGGUGUGCACCACCCAAAAAUAUUUUGCAGCACCCCGCCAAAGUUUUUCUAUCCAACCUAGAGAAAUUGGCAACCCCCUAAAAACAAGGAUUUUGAACUAAAUAAGACCAAAAAUCUGGAAAUUUUUAUCGCACCUGUGGCCCAGCGACUCCGGUGCAGCACCCCAACAGGCUGAGCUACAGAGGCCAGUUGUUGAGCACUAACCACAAGUUCAUGUAUAUAUAAUAGGGUACUGCCAUGUACAGGUUAGGGGUAAUUUUCAAGACUUUGUUUGCAUCUCAGAUGAUUGAGAUUGCAGGCCUUAAAAUAUCGGUUGGUCACAUACAUUGUCCGACCCAUUCAUGAAAUUGUCUGAUGUAGAGAGGAAACCACCGGACAUUUUGUCUGACCUAACUGAAACUGAGGUUAUUGUUUGUCCGACCUAAGUGUAUUUGUGUCUGACCUAACUGUAGCUUUGUCCAUUGUAAAUCAAAAUGUACCUAUAGCCCAGGACUAGACGCUUGUAUGUUAAAUGGAAAAUCAGAGUACUAUUGUAUAAAAAGUGAACUGGAAAUGUUUUAACAUAGUUGAGGGCGGGGCUGUGAGCGAAAUGGUGAAGUGGAAAACGAGCUGAAGUUGUCAAAGUGUUUUUAAUACUGCUGUUCUGGAAAGCAAGUUAAUUUUGGCUUGGAAAUAAGUAUGAAAGAAACAAAUUUUUUAAUAUCUUCACAACAUUUGCCGUUCAAAAUUAUUUAAUACAUUGUGCUGAUAUUCAUUUGUGUCAUUCAGAUGUAUUUCCAGGCACGGAUUUUCUGUGUGUGUGUGGGGGCGCACCCCCAGAAAUGAUUUGCACCCCCCCCCCAAAGGCAUUUGGCACCCCCGCAAAUUAUAUUUUGAUUUGAUAGUUUUAUAUUUGAUUAUUCUUACUACUAUAAAUUUGUAAAAUUACCAAUAUUAUGGUCUCAGAUCUCGCCAUGCAGGCCUAGAAAACAAAUUUUGUUAAACUUUUUCCUUGGCCUUUCCGGGCGUUGCCACCAUGCCCUGGCCAAAGCAAGCAGCAGCACCCCCCAGAUAUUUAUCUACCCCCCCCUGAACGAAAAUAUGAAAAUCUGUCUCUGUGUAUUUCCGAGUCAAAACUGAACUGAAGGUCAUCGGACAUAUGUCCAACCUAAACUCAAUGUCAUCGGACAUUUUGUCAGACGGUCCUGUAAAAGACAUUUUAAGGCCUGGAUAUUGGGCGAGGAUUGAGAUGGAUUGUAAAUGAUAUGUUGUUAAUUGUUGGCAGACACUUUUUCAAGUUUAGGUCAAUAUGUAAUAGACUUAGUUUUGUAUAUCAUAACUAUAAAACCUACAGUAUUUACAAUGUUUAUUUUCAAAUUUGCAGUUCAGAUUUGAAUAAAGUACAUUUUUGGUCAAAAAUUGGUGACACUGCAACUUUAAGACAGAGUAAAAUACUAAAAUGCUAAAAUUAGUUCUGUAACAUGAUUAGAAGUAACUGUAAAUCAGCAGCUAUGUAGUAAUAUAGUUUUUCUUGUAGUAUUCUAACACAUUGAAAAAUGUCUGGAAAUAAUGUUGAAAGUAGACCAUUUAAAACUUGAUUUUCAAUUUGUAGGCAUUUUACCAGGGGAGAUGUCCGCAAACGCAAUCGCAAAGUGCUUUUGGCAACGUGAAACUGAGCUGGAACUACUUUCGCAUGGUUUGCGGGAAACAUGGGUUUUCAUGGCUGCAAAGUCUGGGCAAUUUACGGGUACAACUGAUGAUGUCACGGAAUACAUUGACAAGAAACGCUCUGAAGAGCUUUAUUUGCACAAUUGCUCAGCUCAUUGCAGAGAAAAGGGUAUGUUACAUGCCUCGAAUUUCCCUGAAAUUAAUCGACAGCAAUGGGGUUAAAAAUUGCCGUAGAACGUAACAGCUGGCUACGUGCAAUUUUGGCAGUUUCCACGACAUUUUUCAAACUUAAUUUUAUUGUUACUUUGGAUUUUUGACAAGCUACAAACAUACGUAUUUAUUUAGUGUUCUUUUUGCAAAGAAAACUGAGACUAGAAUAGUGAUUUACACACGAUUUGAUCAAUAUCUGAAUUCAAGUAUCAAAAUAGUAAUGCACAGUGAAUAGUAUAAAAAUUGCACUAUACGGUAAAAAAUUGCCGUCGUUGCCGCAAUGAUCCACAACGUACAUUUUGUUCUCCCUCUACGGCAAUUGCCGCGAUAAAAUUCGAGCCCUGGUAUGUUAUGUGGAUUUGUCUCAUCCCCCUGUAUCCUAAUCUGUGUAUUAUAUCGCCAGAAUAAUUAUGAUGACUUAUAUAUUGUCUAAAUAGUUUCUAUGUAAUUACUGUACAUUCCUUGUAAUUUACAUUGAUGUUCACGAUUUUUAAAUAUUUAUUUUGUUUGUAAAUAACAAUGUAGGAUGUGGUCAGCUCUAUGUUGCAGAUGGGAACUGGAAAUUAAGAUAUGCCCAUUGCAUGUGGAAAGUCCCUAUUGAGUUGGUUGGCUUUGGUAAAGUAAAUUACCCAAGUAUUUUUUUUUUUGUUUUUUUUUUUGUUAUUUAUUUGAUUUUGCCCAAUAAUAUUUAUUUAUUUACAUGAAAAUUCUAAUAUUAAGGAAGAAGAGGGCUAGGAGUCUAUUUGAAACCAUUUGGCUUUUUUACUUAGACCCCUAUAAAUAUAUUUACAAUUGUUUUUUAAUUAAUUAAGUAAACCAGUUCAAAAUCAAAUUAUUACAGUAGUCAAUUUUGCGAAUAUAUACGGUAUAUUAUAAUAAUACAAUUACAAUUUGAUAUUCAUAGUAAUCAAUAAUCAUAGAAAUAAGCGUGUGGUGAUUUGUUGUGCCCUAUAGUUUGAUAGAGUUUAUAAACUUCCGGUAGUUAAUUAGAUAUGAAGAAAGUGUUUCUUUACCUCUCGUUUGAAGACAAAUGUGAUUUUAUUUGUUUGAAGUCUUUUGCAAGACAGUUCCAAAUUUCGAUUCCUUUGUUUGCUAGGGAAUGUUUUGAGUAAUUUGUUCUUUUGUAAGACUUGUGAAGGAGCGAUGCAUUUCUGGUAUUGUGAUGAUGUAUCUCGUUGUUGGAUACAAAAUAAUUACAAAAAAUGUCUGGUAAAUUUUGUACUUUGUAGUAUCUGAACAUAAAUAAACUAGUUAAAUACUCAUUUAUUUUGUAGAUGUUGAGUAUCUUAAGUUUCUUAAAUAUCGGAUCAGUGUGCUCAAAAUAAGAACUAAACGUUAUCAAUCUUACAAGUUUCUUUUGAAUGGUAAAAAGUUUUUGAAUGGUGAAAAGUUUUUGAAUACGUGUCUUAUACGUAUUCCCCCAAAUAAGGUUACCAUAGAUAAGAUAUGGAUAGACUAAUGCAUAAUAAAUUAGUUUUAGAGAAUUAAUAUUUGUGAAGUAUCGGAUUUUGGAUAUGUCCAUUGACGCCAAAACGAGGUCAAAUUGAGUAUAUGUCCAUUGACGCCAAAACGAGGUCAUGCGUUUUGUGAAAAGCAUUGUAAAAAUGCUCAAACACAGGGAUAUCCAACAAAACUGAGGGAAUUUCUCAAAAGAUGUGGUGUGUCAGACAGGAAUGUUGAAGAAGGUUGGUCUAAAACCUGUAUAUAAACUAAUUUAUUGCUUAGAGAUAAUAUACAGUCCAAUUUGCAUAUAAUGCUCUAAGUUUUGCAAUUGACCCUUAGUGUAAUUUAUUACUUUAUUAUUUUACCAAUUACCUUUUUACCUUACCUUACUCUUAACUUCACUGCAAAGUUGAGGAGUACAGUAACAUUGUACGAAUUUAUGAUGUAGCAAUCACUGAAUCAGCAAUGAAGGGAGGGACUUGGUUUUGGAGCAUUACCCUAAUCAUUAAUGGUCUCAUUUGCACAUGACCUGCUGCUGCCAUGUAUGUUUAAUUGUUUACAAUAGAUCUGACUUAAUUGACUUGAAUAAUACUGCAUAUGAAGACCUAAUAUGUGUUUUGAGAUGUAAGUUAUAAUGCUUGAUAACAAUAACACUAACAACAAAACAAAGUAAACAACACAUCAUUUGCAAAUUUUACACAAAGGCCACUGAAAAAUGUAAAAAAUUGCAACUGACAAUGAACUGUAAAUUUAUCUGAAAGUGUAAUUCUUAUAAUGCACUAGUCAAUAUUAAUCCCAGUCAAUGAAUAGUAGGCUAACUUUUUACUGUGAUUCAUGUACAGGUAUCUAAUAUUUGCUAUGUAUUUUAGAAUUGAUUGAAAUGUCAUCACAGCCCAUGUUAUCAGGUAGAUUUUUCAAAAUAUUUCAUACUGCACAUGUAAUUUCAUGUUUAUUCUUGUCCAUUGCCAUUGCAUUCAGCAUCUUGCUAUGGAAAUGACAUUUAUCCAACAUUGUGGAAACGUUAAUGACAACGACAAUGUCUUACCAUUUUGAUUUAGUUGUGUGGAGUAUUCAUUCUACUUUAACCCAUUUACUUUGUCUAACACCAGACGAUUUUACUCAUGAGCGAUAGAGUACUAGCUGCCACUAAAUGGGUUAAUUAAGGUCUUAGAUGUUAUGCCUUACAGCUAGCUUUGCUGUUCCUUUCAGAUAAAUCUUUUGAAGCAAUCAACAAUGGUCUUGAUGAAAUUUCACAGGCUAGCCAAAAUGAGAAUUCUGCAAAUGCAUCUACUUUCCAAGGUAAAAAUUAAUGUAGCCAACAAAUUUUAAUUUCAGGUUAACAUCUCUUGGUUGGGGGUGAUUAAAAAAGGUGGAUCUGAAUCAAUAGCCUAUAUUUUACUGAGUGUUAAUGCACCUAUCAAUGUUAAUCCCCUGAGGGGGGGGGGGCAUACGUGGGGCAUUUGAUUUUUCGAACAAAUAGUCAAAGGAAUGAAAGUGUUAAUUUGAACAAAACAAACGAAACAGAGACAGAACCAAACCUAACCCAAUUAAUUAUAACGUCACGUUUCAAACAGAAACAAACCGGUAAAAUAGUUUAGGCUACUCUAUACAAUGUAUAUACCCUAACAUAAAUGGUAGUAAUUACAAAAUGUACCUGAUCAGAUGAUAAGCCCUAUAUUUUUAAUAUAAACGAUAUUUGUUGUUUAGGAACGUCCGAGUUCCUUUUGAAAAAUCCCGAGUUUGUUGAAAAUCAGAACGUGGAAAGUGGAAUAGUAUGUAACAAGGACACUGGAGGGUUGAAGACGUUGCAAUGUUGGUCACGAGGAAUAUUUUUCAUUGUCAGUGCAGGUGGUCAUAUUGAUUAUUGGCAACCGCUGUACAGGUAACUCGCCUAUGCAAUUGAUAGUAAUUUUGGCAUUUCCUAUUCUCCUUGUACCACAUAUAUACUAAAUAGAGAAUAACUUUUUAGGUCAGAAUCUCCCACACAGGCAUUUCUCAUAACCGUUCUUUGGCUGCAUGGUAAAUUUAAACGUUUAAAAGAUGUUGGUCAUAGCGAUGAAAGCAUUAUUCAAACAAUGUCAUCAGUUACCCUUGCAUAUGAUAACAUGUGCCAUUUAGAUGGCCUUUUGGUGUCAAAAAGGAAUCUCCCCCUUCCUAGGCCCUUUGACCAAGCAUGGAAAUGUAUUGGAAAAGUGAUUGAUAGGUUGCACCUCCGAAACCAUGUUGAUACAAAGUGUCAAAAGCUGUACAACCCAGAUGAUAAAGUGCCAAAAGGUUUCAACACAAUGGCGUGUGAGCAAACUUUUAUCUGGGCCAGUCGGUUCAAGAAAGUCAUGUGUGCUAUGCCACAUCUUCACCAGUUCUUUUUCCUACACAGACUUGUUCAGUACAGAAACAAGUACACUGAGAAAUGCCAUUUACACCGCAAAACACCAGUUUUGCCAAAGAAAUAG